AUGCCUAAGAUCACGGGAAUCUUCUUCGACUGUGACAACACGCUUGUCCUGUCGGAAGAGCUGGCCUUCGAAGCAUGCGCCGAUCUUGCUAACGAGAUUCUUGCGAAGCGCAACAUCCCUGAUCGCUACACCGGCGGGCAGCUGAUUCAGGACUUCGUUGGUCAGAACUUCCGCGGGAUGAUGAUUUCUCUUCAAGCCAAGUACAAGUUCGAGAUGUCCAAGGAAGAGCUUGAGGAGUAUGUGAUAAAGGAAGAGGAUGAGGUCAUCGGCAAGCUCAACGAAAAGGCACAGCCUUGCGUUGGUGCCAACGAGCAGCUGAAGGAGAUCUUCGAGUCCAAGAAGUAUGACCUUGCUGUCGUCUCCUCCUCCGCCCUGCGCCGUGUCAAAGCCUCCAUCAAGAAGGUUGGACAGGACAAAUACUUCGAUGACAACCUCAUCUUCAGCGCUGCUAGCUCCCUUCCCAAGCCCACUUCCAAGCCUGAUCCUGCUAUCUACCUACAUGCCCUUGAGGUGUGCAAGAAGAAGCCCGAAGAAGUGGUUGCCAUUGAGGACAGCAAGUCUGGUGCUUUGAGUGCCAUCCGCGCCGGUAUCCCUGUCAUUGGUUACGUCGGCAGCUACCCUGGUGAUGACAAGAAGCUUGAGAUGUCCCAGCGUCUGGAAGAACUCGGUGCUAAGGUGAUCAUGAAGGACUGGAGCGAGUUCAAAAAGUGCCUUGGGGAGAUCGAAAAACUCUAA